AAGGUUGAAGGAAUUACAGUACAUAAAGUUAAAAGCUACAACUUAUUUUUGUUUCACACUUAUUACAUCUCAAUUGUAUUGCAGAUUGGUAAAAGGUGGACGAACACAAAAUCAAGGGCAGAUGCAGUCCUCUCCAGAACGUAACCGUCAUGGCACAAUCUCUGUUCCGUUCACUCGUGUCCGAACUCGAUCAAUGACCUCUGUAGAAAGCAAAGAUACUGACAGUUCAGUAAAAUUAAAAACAAUUGAUGGAAUUAGUCUAUCGCAGAAGAACAAUGGAAAACCAGAAGAGGGUUUGACUGAAAGCCCUAGUCACAUGACCAGACAACGUAGCCAUGGUGACAAAUCCAGCCCAUGCUGGAGUUUGACUGAAAGCCCUAGUCACAUGACCAGACAGCGUUGCCAUGGUGACAAAUCCAGCCCAUGUCGUUUGUGUGCAGAGCCUCAUUCUGAUUCAACCUGUGGGACAGCUGCUCUCCCAAGUGGAGAUGAUGUAGAGCACAGUGCAUCCAAGAAGACAAAGCGUACUUUAGAGAAAGAGUUCCCUGAGAAAGAGACCAGAAGUAAAAUGGCGACCAAUACAGAAGGGAGACGACCUUCACCGACCUCCAAGGUCAGAUCACAAGCAGGUUCCAGAAGGAGUUUGGCUCAGCGCAAGAGUUUGUCUGUGACGAAAUCCAAAAAAUACCAAACACGAAGCAGAUCAGGGGUGUGAACAGGAUGGAGGUCAAAGGUCAGUUUGAAGUGUAUCAAGUGUGGCCUGGAUGCCUGGAGAAACAGUUUGAAAAACUGUGAUUACCUUUGUUCUUUUUAAGCAAGUUACAAAUUGUAAGAUAAAUUGUAAGAAUUGAGAAUGACUUUUCAAAACCGUUGAUUAAAGUUGGCAGGUUUUUU